CCUGUCUUCAGUGGGUGUUUGUGUCCCCUCAGGGUGGAGACAUGUCCUCACACCAGGAGCAGCCGCUCACCGCACUGGUCCCAGCCGACCCGCCGGACCCGUCGGACCCGCCGGACCCGCAGGACCUCGCCCUGGACCCGCCAGACCUCGCCCUGGACCCAGACACCGUCAACAGCUGGCUCCUCGUGUCUCCGGACCUGCGCAGGGUGACGGUUUCGGACCGGUACCAGAACUACCCGCAGAACCCGCAGCGGUUCGACGCGGAGCUGCAGGUUCUGAGCCGGGCGGCGCUGACGGGUCGCCAUGGGUUCGAUGUGGACUGGAUGAGCGCCGACAACCGGGCCGCCGUCGGCGUCGCUCUGGCGUACGAAAGCGUCCCCAGGAAGGGAGCGGGCCGGGCCGCGUUCGGGCGGAACCGGGCGUCCUGGUUCUUCGCAGCAGAGGGAGAUGCUCUGACUGCGUGGCACGGCGGGGAGAAGUGGACCUAUGACGUUCCUGAUGACGGCUAUGAGCGGGUCCGGGUCCGUUUGGACCACGCUGGGGGGGUUCUGUCCUUCUUCCUGCUGACUGAAACCGGGCCGAGUCACGUUCACACUUUCAGAACCGAGUUCACAGAGGCGCUCUAUCCGGGUCUCUGCGCUCGCUCCACCGCCAGCUACGCUGGGUUCUGCUGAGACCCACCGGGCCAGAACCAGAACCAUUACCGGGCCAGAACCCCUGAGUGAGCAGAAACCAAGUCUUGUUCCAGGAAGAAGCGGACCGGUUCUGAACAAUGACCCGAGUUAAAGCGGAUCCAGAUGAGGCCGGAAACCGUCAACAUCAGAACUGGGUCUUGUUUCCGGAUGGGGGCGGGGCUUAUUUUCAUCUUAAUGACCGGUUUAUUUAAUGAUUGCCAUAAGCAGUUAUAGUAAUUCUGAAUUA